CAGAGAGGAACACACACACACAGAAGAACAGAGCAAGGCGUGUCCCGCACCAUCCAGACCAACACACAGAUUCACCUGCAGAGGAUUGACCCAGACGCGAGCCUGUCCCCCAGACGUCCUUCAGUCUGUGUGUGUGUCUGGAGUCGGGGCUGUUUUCAUGUUUGCUCCAGAAUGCCUCCAGUGCAGAGUCAGCCUGCAGGCAGAAGAGGACAGAAGCGCACUCAUCUUCAUCUGCUGCUCCUCUUCCUCACCGCGGCACAAACCCAUGCGUACAUUCAGAUCCCGCACGACUUAAAACAGGCUCCAGAGUUCAGGACUCAGCCCAUGUCUCACACCGCUUUCUCCCUGGAUGAUGUUAAUCUGGCCUGUGAAGCCAGCGGAGACCCGCCGCCCAGUUUCCGCUGGGUCAAAGAUGGAAAGCAGUUUGGGGAGGUGCUGUUGGAGUCGGGAACUCUGACGCCGCAUCCAACAACGGACCUGAACUUCUAUCAGGGCACAUAUCGCUGCUAUGCUGCAAAUGAGCUAGGAACCGCCGUCUCUAACCUGGUGCAUCUGACCACCGAGCCCGUCCCAAGCUUGGCCAAAGUGAAGAAGCAGAAACGAAGACCGUAUGAGGUGGGGGAAAGUGCAGUCCUCCGCUGUAACCCUCCCAAGAGUUCUGUCACCCCGAAAAUACACUGGAUGGACAUGCAGUUUCACCACAUUCCUCUGAAUGAGCGGGUGACCAUAAGUCUGGAUGGAAAUCUGUACUUUGCCAAUCUUAUAGCCAACGACAGCAGAGACGACUACACCUGUAAUGCGCACUACAUCAACGCCAGCAUCAUCCUGCCUAAAGAGCCCAUGUCCAUCUACGUCACACCCUCCAAUUCUGUGGUGAAGAAUCGGCGGGCGAAGCUGCACCACCCAGGCGGAGCCCGCAGCUCAUACCUGGUGCUGAGGGGCCAAACACUGACCCUGGAGUGUAUCCCAGAAGGCCUACCGACUCCAGAGGUACACUGGGAAAGGUUAGACUCCGCUCUGUCUCCAAACCGCACCAAGAAGCUGUACAACAACCGCUGGCUGCAGAUAGACAAUGUGCUGGAGUCUGAUGAUGGAGAGUACAUCUGCACUGCCAGAAACAGCGAGAACUCUGUCAAACACCACUACACUGUCACAGUAGAGGCUGCCCCUUACUGGACCAAGAGGCCUGAGGAGCAUCUGUAUGCCCCUGGAGAGACGGUCAGACUGGACUGUCAGGCCGAUGGUAUUCCUGCACCAAACAUCACCUGGAGCAUCAAUGGAGUUCCCGUUUCAGGGACAGAUGUGGACCCGAGACGUCGUGUGAGUUCUGGGAAACUGAUCCUGUCCAAUGUGGAGUUCAGCGAUACGGCAGUUUAUCAGUGUGAGGCCACCAACAAACACGGAAGCAUCCUGAUCAACACACACGUGCAUGUUGUUGAACUGCCCGCUCAGAUCCUGACCCCAGACGAGCGUCUCUAUCAGGCCACAGCAGGACAGACUGUGAUGUUGGAUUGCAGAACGUUUGGGUCGCCUCUACCCAAAGUACACUGGGAGAUUCUAGACUCUAUUCCAGCUCUGUCUAAUGCUAAAAUAUCUCAGAUGACCAAUGGAAGUCUUAAGAUCAGUAACGUGAGUGAAGAAGACAGCAAUAGAUACACGUGUUCAGUGAGCGAAACCAACAAGAGCAUCAGUGCGGAGCUGGAUGUCCUGAACAGAACUAAGAUUGUCGGACCUCCCCAGAAUCUCCAUGUUAUACGUGGAAGUGAUGCGGUUUUACAGUGCAAAUACACAGUGGACCACAACUUGAAAUCUCCCAUGGUUCAGUGGAAAAAGGAUGGACACAAGAUCACAGCAUCUACAAGCAAUGACAAAUACUAUGAAAUCGAAGGCUCUCUAAAGGUCUGGGAUGUUCAGAUGGAGGAUAUGGGCAUCUACAGCUGUGAGGUCAGCACUACACUGGACUCAGACACUGCCAGCGGAUACAUCACUGUUCAGGAUAAACCUGAUCCUCCUCAAUCUCUGGAGCUGUCUGAAAAGAUGGAGCGUAGUGUGACCAUCUCUUGGAUGCCGAGCGCCGAAAACAACAGUCCUGUCACUGAGUAUGUGAUUGAGAUGAAUGAGGGGGAGACUCCAGAAGAGGGUCAAUGGCAGAAAUACAGGAGUGUUUCUCAGGACAUCCGACAGCUGGAGAUCCAUCUGCAGCCCUACAGCAAAUACCACUUCCAGAUCCGGGCAGUGAACGGCAUAGGAACCAGUGCUCCCAGCAGGCCCUCGCUCUCCUACAGCACUCCAGCUGCCAAACCGGACACGAACCCAGAGAAUGUGAUGACUGUGUCCACUGACCCAAAGAGUAUGAUCAUCUCAUGGCAGGAGAUGGAUCGGCGUCAGUUUAACGGGCCGGGGUUCCAGUAUAAGGUGUUCUGGCGUCGAGCAGCAGACAGCGGUGCACACUGGACAGAGAGCAGCGUCUCCAAUCCUCCACUCAUGGUCAAUAACACUGGAACAUUCGUCUCCUUCGAGAUUAAAGUUCAGGCGGUCAAUGACCUCGGUGCGGCACCAGAACCGCUCACAGUGAUCGGCUACUCCGGGGAAGACUUUCCUCUGGAGGCUCCGUCAGCGUUGUCUGUCACUGAGCUGAACAAAACUUCUGUGACGGUGAGAUGGAGUCCAGUCAGGUUGGAGUCUGUCCGGGGAAAACUACUGGGAUACAAGAUCUAUUUGAGAAUGAAGGGUCCCAGUGGGAGACUCCGGGCCGGGCGGUCUCCAGCAGUGGGUAAUCCCACAGUGAUAGAAGUCCCUGCUGAUGCGGCGGAGAAGAUCGUGAGUGGCCUGCAGUUUUACUCAGACUAUGCUCUGACCGUCACUGCAUUCAACAGCAAAGGUGAAGGUCCACAUUCAGAGGAGAGCAGCUUCAGCACACCGGAGGGCGCUCCUGGACCAGUGUUAUUCCUGCCCUUCGACAGCCCGUCUGAGAGCGAGAUCACCCUGCGCUGGGAAGCACCACACAAACCCAAUGGGGAGAUCAGAGGAUACCUGCUGCAAUACCAGGAGGUGGUGUUUGGCAGUGAGAGCCCACAGCAUGUGGAGUCCAUCGACCUGCCGGCGGUGACGGAGUUUACACUGAAGAAUCUGAAUCCGGAGAGCCGCUACACCUUCCACAUCAGUGCCCGAAACAGUGCUGGCGAUGGGGCCACGGCCAUACAGAGCGGCGCCACCCUGCUGGACGGAGAACCUCCAUCUGCAAUCAAUGUGACGGCUAGAGAAACCUCAGUCAACCUCAGCUGGGUUCCUGGAGACCGACAUCGAAACUUUGUCUUUAGUUUCCGUUACGGGAAAGAUAAAGAUGGUGCUGAAUGGGAAUGGGAGUCAGAGAAGAUCAACUCUACACAGGCCUUCUAUCAGCUGCAGGAUCUGGUUCCGGGCGUUAAAUACCGUCUACAGGUCCAUCCUGGGAACUUUACUGUAAAAUUCCAAACGAUGCAAGAGCCGCACGAGUCGCCCAGGAACUUUGCGACGGAGGGCUGGUUCAUUGGUCUGAUCAGCGCUCUGGUUCUGCUGCUGCUGGUUCUGCUCAUCCUCUGCUACAUCAAGAAGAGCAAAGGAGGAAAAUAUUCAGUGAAAGAUAAAGAGGAGGGUCAGGGGGACGCAGCAAACCAAAAACUGAAGGAUGACGCGUUUGGAGAGUACAGAUCUCUGGAGAGUGAUAUGGAAAAGUGCUCCAUCAGCCAGCCGUCAGGGUGCGAGAGCAAGCGCAGCAGCAACGACAGCCUGGCGGAUUACGGGGACAGCGUGGACAUCCAGUUCAAUGAGGACGGCUCCUUCAUCGGGCAAUACAGUGGCCGCAGGGAUCCCCGUGGGCACGACAGCUCUGGCGCCGUGUCGCCGGUCAACCCCAACAUGCCUCCACCCAGCCACAGCUUCCCCACUUCCGUCACCGGGAUCCUGGGGCCUAAUUAAUAAUGCAUCAUGGGCCCUUUAGGGACUUUAGACAGGAUAACAAUUUCAGGACGGUCAUGAUUAAAAGUCGUCAUCUGCAGACACACAUCGACUCACACUCAUCCCACAGGACGAUUUCUCGUAACAUUCCACCCUGAACACUGUUUACAACGUCCACUCCUCGCCCGCUGCUGUGUCCCUGUAGGGGUCUGGGUCUGCAGAGCAGUAGGUGUUGCUGCAGCCUGUUCAGCAUUGAAGCUCAUUGCACACUGAUGCCGAAAUGUACAUGUUCAGAAAUAAAUUCGACCUCAGGUUGUGUCAGGUUUAUUGACAGACUGCCUACGAAACGUUCAUCUGUCAUUAAAAAAUUGAUGAAUUCUGAGAGGAGUUUUGACAGUUCAGGAGAAAGGCAAAAUCCAGAACGCCGUCACUCGCAGUACAGAUCACUUCAUGACAAACAUAGUGUGUGAAAUAAAGACAGAAUGUGGAGGAUGGUUAAGAAACACUGCUGCAGACAACUGAUUGUGCGUAUGUGUGCAUGUGUGUGUGUGUGUGUGUGUCCUUUAAUGUACUGCCAGUCUAUGUUCAGGAUUCGUUUACAAACGGAAUGUGUCAAGUGACACAAGCAAACUACCAAAAUGCCGCUGACUUCCUGAAGUAAACCUUUUGUCUCAGGAUAAUCCCACGCAGCUCUUUGAUACGCUGAACUCUCCAUCCUCUCGGUAGCCUACAGUGGAUUGGAUGAACAUAAUAUUUUGAAGUGGAAUUGAAUAUUUUGGGAAGGAAUUGAAUUUGAAUUUUUUUUCCGUUUGUUGCAACAGAUUAAUUAACACACUUCAGACUACACGGAAAUACAUCUAUACGAACAUUUCGGACUUCAGUGUGCAAAGACCUUUAGGGCCAGACUCGGGCCGUGCACAAAUUUAGUAGGAGCUUCAGUCUGCGCUGAGUUUUCAGCACUCCAACACCCAAACCUGGUGUUGGAGGCCUUCAGUCCUGCAGAUCAGCUCCACACAUCCAUCUGGAGGAUUCUAGUAUGUCUACUGAGAGCUUGAUAGGCUGCGUUUCAUUAUGGUUCGGGCUAAACUUAUCACGGGUGUAUUACCCAAACAGUGAGGUACCUGCCAUACCCACCACCAUACCUGAAUCAUACCUGCCAACACAAGGAGUCUCCUGUAUUUCACAUCCAUCUCCCACCACCCUCCCGUUUUGUUAUUUCUCCCGGAAAUCUCCCAUUUUCCAACCCCUUCACCAUAACCCCCAACACCGCAUCACCCCAAGCCCAUCUUUUUGGUACAGUCUUCUACACUCCCACUAGGUCAUCAACUUUAGUAUAGUAUCCAGAUGCUGGCGCCGCCCUAAAUCCAGUCCAUGGUAAAUUACUAACACCACAAACAUCCCGCGCCCCUGGUUCUCAACUUUGUUCCUCAGAUUGUCCCACCCACAUCCACACCAGCCCAUCCCCCCAACACCAUCUUUUUGGUACAGUCUUCUACACCCCCACCAGAUCAUCAACUUUGUUAUAGUAUCCGAUCGCCGGCGGUGCCCCAAAAUCCAGUCCAAGGUACAGUUACUAACACCACCAACAUCCCGCACCCCUGGUUCUUAACUUUGUUACUCAGAUUUACCUACCCACAUCCACACCCAACCACCAUCCCCCCCUCCCAACCCAUCUUUUUGGUACAGUCUUCUACAUCCCCACCGGGUCAUCAACUUUGGUAUAGUAUCCAGUCGCCGGUGCCACCCGAAAUCCAGUCCAUAGUACAGUUACUAACACCACAACCAUGCUGCACCCUUGGUUCUCAAUUUUCUUACUCUGAUUUCCACAUCCACACCCAACCUCCUAUCCCCCAAACCCAUCUUUUUGGUAAAGUCUUCUACAUCACCACCGGGUCAUCAACUUUGGUAUAGUAUCCGGUCGCCAGCACCGCCUGAAAUCCGGUCCAUGGUACAAUUACUAACACUACAAACAUACUGCGCCCCUGGUCUCAACUUUUUUACUCAGAUUCUCCCAAUCACAUACACCCUGUCACCCUCUCCAACUACCCAGACC